AUGCAGAGUCACAGCAGUCGCCACGGCAACGACACAGGAGCUGAGUCAGAGGUCGCCAUGGCAGCGACACAGGAGCAGAGUCAGAGGUCGCCAUGGCAGCGACACAGGAGCAGAGUCAGAGGUCGCCAUGGCAGCGACACAGGAGCAGAGUCAGAGGUCGCCAUGGCAGCGACACAGGAGCAGAGUCAGAGGUCGCCAUGGCAGCGACACAGGAGCAGAGUCAGAGGUCGCCAUGGCAGCGACACAGGAGCAGAGUCAGAGGUCGCCAUGGCAGCGACACAGGAGCAGAGUCAGAGGUCGCCAUGGCAGCGACACAGGAGCAGAGUCAGAGGUCGCCAUGGCAGCGACACAGGAGCAGAGUCAGUGGUCGCCAUAGCAGCGACACAGGAGCAGAGUCAGAGGUCGCCAUGGCAGCGACACAGGAGCAGAGUCAGAGGUCGCCAUGGCAGCGACACAGGAGCAGAGUCAGUAGUCGCCAUGGCAGCGACACAGGAGCAGAGUCAGAGGUCGCCAUGGCAGCAACACAGGAGCAGAGUCAGAGGUCGCCAUGGCAGCGACACAGGAGCAGAGUCAGUGGUCGCCAUAGCAGCGACACACGAGCAGAGUCACAGCGGUCGCCAUGGCAGCGACACACGAGCAGAGUCACAGCGGUCGCCAUGGCAGCGACACACGAGCAGAGUCACAGCGGUCGCCAUGGCAGCGACACACGAGCAGAGUCACAGCGGUCGCCAUGGCAGCGACACAUGA